AUGCCUCAAGUUACACAGCAAGAAAAGAAUCUGCUGCCAACAUUACCAAUGCCCAUGGAGAGCAACAGCAACAACAACGAUGAAGGAAGCAGCAGCAACAUAACACCUUUGCAACGUUACAGAGCAGGUCGAUGCGGCCGCUACUAUACGCAACAAGAAACAUAUAUACUGCGCAAAAUGCUGUAUGAAACCUAUGGACUCAACAAACGGCUGCCAAGAUCUAGUCAAGAGCGUGCCAAUUCUCGAGAUCGACUUAACAUGACACCAAAGCAGCUAAGCGCUUGGAUCGCAAACCACAAUCUAAAAGAGAAGCAAGCCAUUAGUACGUUUGCUAAGCUGUACCAUGAAGGAAAGGUGCAAGACUAUGACUCGUUCCUUGAACACUGCUAUAUCCAUUAUGCCAACAAUAACGAUGACGCGGAAGUGUGA